GUGUGUGCAUGUGUGUGUGUGUGUGUCUGUGUGUGUGCGUGUGUGAGAUUCAGGAGGAGCUGCAACCAAAGCAGCCUCACUGUGGAAUCUUUCAGCACAGCUCACUGCUGUCCUCCCUUCCUCGGCCGCUGGCCCCCUUUUACAGUUUCCUCCCCUCCGCCGCCUUGCUCUUUUUGUCCACGGCUCGCCCUGCGGAUUUCUUUCCUCUCCGGCAAACUGCAGAACGGUGCUGUCGUGACUCGCCGGGCUGCCACUGCAAAGAGGAUCAGGAGGCAGAAGAGAGAGGGGAAAGAAGCCGACACGCACCAAAUCGAUCCCUCUGAACACAGAAGGGGACGGAGCGCGAGGGCAGAGCCAAGGCAGCGCCAGCACUUGCCGGUAUGAUUUUAAAAGGAGGCGUUCUUUGACUUGUAUGGGAGUCCUCCCAAGGAUUUUAAAUCACUUCUGUCCGCGGAUAGAGAGGACAGCCAGCUGUAAGAACCUCUCGCGUCAAGGACUGUUCGCCUCUUCGUCGAUUCGAGCAACAUUUGGAGAUUCAGAGGACUACGUCUGAAGGAGCAGUUCAAUGUUUACCAAAUAGUCUCAUUUCUGAAUGAUAAUGCUGGAUACCAACCACUGCCUGUCAUUUCAACCCUCCCCCCUGGACUCUCCUCCAAUGGAAGAUGACACAGACAAGGAAGACUUGAAGAUGGAUCACGACAGUUCUACACUGGUCUACCACAGCCUGAAAGAAGUCCUCCAGCUCAAGCUUCAGCAGAGACGUACGAGAGAGGAGCUGGUCAGCCAAGGGAUCAUGCCACCCCUGAAGAGCCCUGCAGCUUUUCAUGAACAGCGGAGGAGUCUGGAACGAGCCAGGACUGAAGACUACCUGAAGAGGAAGAUUCGGAGUCGCCCAGAACGCUCCGAGCUGGUCAGGAUGCAUAUCCUGGAGGAGACGUCGGCGGAGCCGUCUCUUCAGGCCAAGCAGCUCCAGCUGAAGCGAGCGCGCCUGGCCGACGACCUCAACGACAAGAUCUCUCACAGGCCCGGCCCCAUCGAACUGGUCCACAAGAACAUCCUGUCUGUCAGCUGCCCUCUGCAGCACUCCCUGCUGGAUUCCCCAAAGGGAGGCGGGGGGGAGAGCUCGUCUUUAGACGAAGACAGCAGCGAUGCGCUGUCCCCAGACCAGCUGACCAAUCACGACUCCCCCCUGAGCGCCGUCACCCAGUUGUCCCCCUCCGACGUGCUCACGCAGAACGGGGACAUCUCCCCCACACAGUUUCUCACGCAGCCACCCCCUCCACCACCUCCACCACCUCCCCCCUCAGGGAUUGUGUUGGAUUCCUCCCCUACCCCUAAAAUAACUAAUGGAACGCCAUUGACCUCCGCAUCUUCCCGCCCGUCUUCUGGACAAGUCAAAUCUCAGGCUAAGACGAGUUCAGACCGCCCCCCACAGAGACCCAAGAAACCAAAGGACAGCAAACCCAAGGUGAAGAAGCUCAAGUACCAUCAGUACAUCCCUCCGGACCAGAAGGCAGACAAGGAGCGCCCGCCCCAGAUGGACUCCUCCUAUGCCAAGCUGCUCCAUCAGCAGCAGCUCUUCCUGCAGCUGCAGAUUCUCAGCCAGCAGCAGCAGCACUACAACUACCACACCAUCCUGCCCGCCCCGCCCAAGCCGCAGACCGAGCAGACGCCCACAGCCAGCUCCGGCCCCUCCCCCUCCCGCAGCGCUCACCCGACAACCGCCGCCGCCCCCUCCAGUCAGACCUGCACGGCCCGUCAGAGCCAGGCGACAGCGGGCGGAGCCAGACCAACCACUCUGCCAGCCAAUCUGGAUGAGUUCAAAGUUGCUGAGCUGAAACAAGAACUGAAAUUGCGUGGUUUGACCGUGUCGGGCACAAAGAAUGACCUUAUCGAACGGCUGCGCAACUACCAGGAGCACAACGGCGGCACCGCCGGCGUCCUGAAAAGCAGCGCCUCGCAGUCCAGCCUGCAGGCCGCGACCCCGGCUGCCAGCACUGCUCCGUCCCCCCCCAACGCCGCCGCCGCCACCCCUGACCACCCACCAGUAGAGGGCGGCUUCAGGCUGGCCUUGUCGUCCCUGGCCCACGCAGUCCCUGGGCGGGUCAUGCGCUUCGGCAGCACCAGCUCCAGUCCCCCGGUGUCGCCCACGCCUUCGGAGCGGUCGCUGGCCGGGAUGAGUCCAGAUGAAACCAGCUGUAACGGAGAUAUGUUCGGGGAGAUGGUGAGUUCCCCCCUCACCCAGCUCACGCUUCACCACUCCCCUCAGCAUCCAUCAAACGUCUCUCCGCUCUCUGUCGUCAAAGAGGAGGUUCAGAGCUCAUGCAGCUUCUCCAGAUCUUCGCCCGCCUCUCUCCAGCCUCCAGAGCCCCCGCCCGCAGACUCAUUGUCUUUGGACAAAGACCAGAUGCUCCAGGAGAAGGACAAGCAAAUCGAGGAGCUAACCAGGAUGUUGAAGCAAAAGCAGAGGCUGGUGGAGACCCUGAGGUCCCAGCUGGAGCAGGGCAAGAUGGCAGGCGGCGUCGCGGUGAAGAAGGAAGGAAUAGAGAAGAGCAGAACAUCCCCCGAGUUUAAAUUUCAAACUCUCAUAAAGGCCUCAUCCAUUCAGCCUCCCACGCUCCCGAAUGGCAUCGUGCUGACUGUGAAGAAGGAGGCGGAGCCCGAGGAGGGCAUGGAAGGCAUAGCGGAAGAGGCCCAGACAAAAAGGCCGGCCCAGCCGAUGCAGUGCUCCCAGGAGACUCUGCAGAGACUGCAGCAGAUCCACCGGCUGCAGGUCCAGCAAGCUGAGACGCAGAAGCAGCAGCCGCAGCCCAAACAACAGCAACAGCAGCAGCAGCAGAGUCCGGCCCAGCAGCAGAAAGCGGCCGAGGUCAAACUGAGCUCCCAGAAACAGCAGCUGCAGCAAAAGAAGGAGGCUCAAAUCCUGCUCCAUCAGCAGCAGCAGCUGCAGCAGCUCAUCAUCCAGCAGACCCAGCAGAAGCAGCUGCAGGCCCAGCAGAAACUGGCCCAGCAGAACCAGCUCAAGCAAAGCCACGGGCCGGCCCACGCCGCGCAGAAGAGCCAGCUCCUGCUCAAACGAGUCCAGGUGCAGAUCCAGAACCAGACGGCCAUGAGCCACAAGCCCGGAGCCAACACAGCCCAGCAGAGGAAGCAGCUGAGAGCUCAGCAGAGGCAGCUGCUCAAACAGCAGGCAGCAGCCGCCUCCUCCCAGCAGGUGACCCCUGUCAUCGUCAACCAACAGAACAGCACCCCUCUCCAAACCCAAGCCAUUUCACUAGACCUCCUCAAGGCCAACGGCACCCCCACGCUGGUUACCGACAGCAACGGCAAUCACUACCUGAUCGCUCUCACCAGCCACACCGCAGACGGACAGAACGGAGGGUCCCCGUUGGCCAAAACCAAUGGCCGCAUUACGCUGCAGAGACUGCAGUCAACCCCAAGUAAAUUGCCCAGCACUGAGAGCCAAUCAAAAGAGCAGCCAGAGGCCGAGCCCGUGAGCCAACCGGACAAAAAGGGACAGAAGCCAGGUCUGCACCUGGACACCAAUGGCGUUACGCUGCCCAGCCUGGCCCACACCGCCCCGCCCAGUCUGCAGCCUUUCUUCGACGACAUGUCAGACACUGAAAGCCAAAGCAACUUGAUGACACCUCUGAAGAGAGAGGAGGUGUGUCCGCCUUACGACCGGCACACACUCUUCACCCCUCCCUCUCCCAAACCCAACACCUCCCUUUCUUCUCGGCGCUCCAAAGAGAAUGGUGUCAACAGCCAGCAGAUGGACGACCUGUUUGAUAUCCUGCUGAAGAGUGGAGAAAUCCCGGGAUUUAAGGCCAACCCGGACCCUUCCCUCGCCCCUCUGCACUCUGACCCCCCAUCCCCGUCUGGCGGCACGUCCCCGCUCCACCUGUCCCCCCCCACCCCCACGGAGCCGCUCAUGUCCCCCCGCCUGCCUGUGGGGGAGCCCUGCCCGGCCGGCGGGCGCCUGGAGGACUUCCUGGAGAGCACCACGGGCGCCCCGCUGCUGGGCAUGGAGCCCGACGGCGGCCUGACGCUCAUCGACGACCUGCACAACCAGAUGCUGAGCACGCCCAGCAUCCUGGAGCACCCCCCCUCCCCGAUGGACACGUCCGACCUGGGCUUCUCCCCCCACUCCGUGGGGCUGGACUUCGGCGACCCCACCCUGGACAGCAUGGACUGGCUGGACAUCUCCAUGGUGGGGAGCGCCAACGGAGGGAGCGAGGGCAGCGGCCGGGGGGCGGGGGGCGGGCCGGCGGGCGACCGGGAGGCCGGGACGGGCUCGGCCCCGACGGCGCCGCAGAGCGUGUUCUCGGCCGACUUCCUGGACAGCACUGACCUGCAGCUGCACUGGGAGUCGUGCCUGUAG